AUGUAUAACACGGUUCCUCAAAUGCCUGUUUUCCACCAACGUAGUUUGGUGCCCCUUCCAGUUCCUGAACGUGAUUGCGAACCCGUGAUGCACGUUUCCACCGAUGAAAAGAAGUUCCACGACGCAAACUGUGGUUCAGCUCAGCAGAAUACUUGGUUUCUCUGCAUAAACUGCAAUGUCACCCGGGGACGAUUUGGAACUGGAUGUGAUCGAUACAAUAAGUACGAUGUCUAUGACGAAGAACGUGUCGCAUGUCCCAGCGGGGGGAACCGAGAGGUCGGCCCAGGACACGCUGGAGGAAAUACGUCUCUCGUCUACACGGCAUCUUCUGGAAUCUCAAACUUUCCUGACUAUGUGUCUCUUGGAUUGGUUGAUGAUGUUCAGAUAAGUUGCUGUGACAGCAACACAAGAGUGAAUAAACCCAGUCAGGAAUGGAUGAGAAAGGUUGAAGAAGAAGAUCCUCAGUACUGGGAGAGUGAGACAAAAGUAUGCCUGAAAAAUCAAAACACGUUCAAAAGAAACAUCGAUAUCGCAAAACAACUCUUCAACCAAACUGAAGGGGUGCAUGUCUAUAAAAAAAUGAUGGGCUGUGAGUGGGAUAGUGAAACUGGAAUGAUUAAAGGUUAUGACCAGUAUGGGUAUGAUGGGGAGGAUUUCAUUGCACUGGACCUGAUGUCAGAGACUUGGACCGCUCCAAAACAAGAAGCUAUAAGAACCAAACACAAAUGGGAUCGUGACGUGUUUGAAAAAGAGUAUCUGACUAAAGAUUGUAUUGACUGGUUGAAGAAGUAUGUUAACUAUGGGAGGAGCUUUCUGAUGAGAUCAGAUCUCCCCAGAAUGUCUUUCCUUCAGAAGACUUCCUCCUCUCCAGUCAGCUGUCACGCUACAGGUUUCUAUCCCAACAGAGCAGAAAUGUUCUGGAGAAAAGAUGGAGUAAAGGAUCCUGAGGGUGUAGUCAAAGGAAAGAUCCUCCCCAACAACGAUGGGACCUUCCAGAUGACUGUUGACAUCAAUCUUUCAUCUGUUUCACCUGAAGACUGGACAAAGUAUGAAUGCGUGUUUCAGCUCUCGGGAGAAAAGGAAUUUCUCAGCAAAGUUGAAAAAGCAAAGAUCAGGACAAAUGAAGCUCCUUUCAGCUUCAUGAUCAUCCCCAUCACUGUUGCAGUCGUUGUUCUCGCUGUCAUUGCUGUGAUUGGAUUCAUUCUUUACAAAAAGAAAAAUGGUGAGACCCAAACAUUGUUCUUUUUUUCAGUAACCUGA